AUGGGAUACGAUGGCAAUGGUCUUGUAGGAAAAAGAAAAGAAGGUAUUUCAAAACCAAUACAACCUCCUUCACAACUUCCUAAGGAUAAAUCAGGAUUAGGUUAUGGGCAGAAUACUAUAGAUUCACAAGAAGAGGCAUUAUCUCAUAGUCAACAAGAGCAAGAGUAUGAACGCAAACAAGAAGAAAGGGCCAUUCAAAGAGAAGAAGAAUUUGCAUGUAAACAACAAGAGGAAGCUAUCCACAAACAACAACAAGAAGCUGCUCGCAGGCAGCAGAAAGAAGCUGAAGAACUUGCUAAAAAGCGAGAAGAGGCUACUAAUAACCUUUAUGAGCAAAUUUUCAGAUUACAAGCUUCUAGUGAAACAUAUUCCAAUGAGUGGGAAUGA